ACUCCGGCCCGGAACCGCGCCGCGAGGCCCCUCCCGCCCCCUCGGCGCCGGGUUCCGGGGGCGCCAUGGAGCCCCGAGCGGUUGCAGACGCCGUGGAGACGGGGGAGGAGGACGUGAUCGUGGAGGCUCUGCGCGCGUACAAUCGGGAGAACUCCCAGAGCUUCACGUUCGAUGCUGCCCAACAGGAGGACAGGAAGAGACUGGCCGGGCUGCUGGUUUCGGUCCUGGAGCAGGGCUUGCCGCCCUCCCGCCGCGUCACCUGGCUGCAGAGCAUCCGCAUCCUGUCCAGGGACCGCGGCUGCCUGGACCCCUUCACCAGCCGCCAGAGCCUGCAGGCCCUUGCUCGCUACGCCGGCAUCUCCGCCGCUGAGGGGUCGGUCCCGGAGCCCUUGGACACGGACGUCAUACUCGAGUCCCUCAAGUGCCUGUGCAACAUCGUGCUCAGCAGCCCGACGGCACAGGUGCUGGCCGCGGAGGCCCGCCUGGUGGUGAGGCUGGCGGAGCGCGUGAGGCUGCGCCGUGAGAGCAGCUUCCCCCACGACGUCCAGCUGUUUGACUUGCGCCUCCUGUUCCUGCUCACGGCACUUCGCACAGACGUGCGCCAGCAGCUGUUCCAGGAGCUGCAGGGCGUGCGCCUGCUGACAGGUGCACUGCAGCAGACGCUGGGAAUGGCCCCGGGACAGAGCCCCCCAGAGCUCCUCCCGCCCCAGGAGACAGAGCGGGCCAUGGAGAUCCUCAAGGUUCUCUUCAACAUCACUUUCGACUCCAUCAGGAGGGAGGUGGAUGAGGAAGACGCUGCCCUUUACCGGCACCUGGGGACGCUCCUGCGGCACUGCGUGAUGGUGGCUGCGGCCGGGGGCCGCACGGAGGAGUUCCACGGCCACGCAGUGAACCUCCUGGGGAACUUGCCCCUCAAGUGUCUGGACGUCCUCCUGAGCCUGGAGCUGCACCAAGGCUCCGUGCAGUUCCUGGGUGUGAACAUGGACGUGAUCAGCGUCCUCCUCAGCUUCCUGGAGACGCGCCUGCACCAGACGCAUAGGCUGAAGGAGAGCGUGGCCCCCGUGCUGAGCGUGCUGACCGAGUGCGCCCGCGCGCACCGCCCUGCCCGGAAGUUCCUGAAGGCCCAGGUGCUGCCUCCGCUGAGGGACGUGAGGACCCGGCCCGAGGUCGGGGAGCAGCUGCGGAACAAGCUUGUCCGCCUGAUGACGCACCUGGACACGGAUGUGAAGCGGGUGGCGGCCGAGUUCCUGUUCGUGCUGUGCUCGGAGAGCGUGCCCCGCUUCAUCAAGUACACGGGCUACGGGAACGCGGCCGGCCUGCUGGCUGCCCGGGGCCUCAUGGCGGGGGGCCGGCCCGAAGGCCAGUACUCGGAGGACGAGGACACAGACACCGAGGAGUACAAGGACGCCAAGGCCAGCAUCAACCCGGUGACGGGGCGAGUGGAGGAGAAGCUGCCCAACCCCAUGGAGGGCAUGACGGAGGAGCAGAAGGAGCACGAGGCCAUGAAGCUGGUGAACAUGUUCGACAGGCUCUCCAGGCACAGAGUCAUCCAGCCCAUGGGGGUGAGUCCCCGGGGCCACCUCACCUCCCUGCAGGACGCCAUGUGUGAGAGCAUGGAGGGCCAGCUCCCCUCGGAGCCCGACUCGGACCCCGACUGAGGGCGGCCGCUCCGGCCCCGUCAGACCCGGCGCUGCUUCCAGAGACCCUCGGGCCCUCCCUCAUCCCUCCCCACGGCUGCCCCGGCCCACCUCUGGCCCGGGUCCCUGGCCCCGGGGCCGGGAGGGGGUCCCCCUGCUGUCACUCCGGGAACCCCCCUCAUUUCCUCAGACCGAGCGGCUUCUCUGGUGCGCCGGGCGGGCGUCGGCGAAGCGGGGCUGCUCGCCGGCCCAGGGCCAGGCGGCCGGCAGGCGCUGCACUUGAAAGGGGGAAAGAACCUGCCAGAGCCCCACAUCCUCACGUCAGAAACACUCGCAAGGGCACACUGAGCCUCUGCCCACCCGGCCCGGCCGCCUGCGGCGCCAUCCUCCGCCCGAGGUCCCACUGGCUGUGACCGAGAACACAUAAGGGAAGCACUGCACGCGAGGCCGGGGGCCUGGGUUUCUGCCAGGGCCGCCUCGGGAGGACCGUCUGUGAGGACGCC